AUGAUCAUCUUAUCAUUGUAUAUUUUAUAUGCAUCAUUAUCAACUCAAACAAGUAUUUCAACAAUAUAUAAACCAAGCCAAGAACAAUAUGAAAAAUAUCAAUUGAAAUAUCCCAUCGAUUUAAAAUGCCCAUGUCAAGAUUUGUCUAUUCCAUAUAAACAAUUUAUUACUAUUGAAGUUGAAUAUAAUGAAAUAUGUUCGUCGGAUUUUGUCAAACAAAAAUGGAUUGAUUAUCUUUUUAAUGAAAACAUUGGUUAUUAUCAUCCACUUGAUUUUCGUCGUAGUGGAUCGUUUAAAUUUCAACUUCUUCGAACAUUAUGUAAACAAUCAAAACAAAUAAUUGAUCAUAAACUAGAAGAAUUUUAUUCGAAUUAUUUUAUUUCAAAUCAACCUAUUUCCUCCAAUGAAUUUUAUACUCAAGUCAAUUAUUCUAUCAAAUCCUUUCAACAAAAAACAAUUUCUUUAUUUGAAAAUUCAAUCAAACUAAUUCGACAAACAAUAUGUGUAAAUGUUUUAGUUACAGGAAUUGAAACGCGUUUUAUUCAAAAAUUUGAGAAAGGGCAUAGUGCAAGUCCAUAUUGGAAAACUAUUUGUUAUUUUGAUUCAAGAAACGGAAAAAUGGCAUGGUUUGAAUGUUUUUGUAACGAUGAAAAUAUCAUAAUAGACGAAGGCAUUUAUGAUCAUAUAAAUCAAUAUAAUUAUUCGGACUGUAAUUCAUUUACAAAUGAUAUAGAUUACUCGCAUAUUUUUCCUCAUUUAUUAAUACCAGGAAUGUUUGCAAGUUGUUCGCCAAUAGAAUCCUUGAUGCAUUCGACAUUGGAAUGUUUAUUUCAACAAUCAUGUUUAGAUCAAAUAACCUUUUAUGUCAGUCAUUCAUCAGUUUUUAUGAAUAAUUUUUCGAUAUUAAAACAAGAUCUAUCAACAAAAUACAAGAAAAUUGAAGAAUUAACUAAAAGUUUAUUUAUAAAACAGUGGAAUGUUGUCAAAUCAUAUGAGAAAUAUUUUAAUUAUUGUCAACCAUUGUCUUGCCAGUAUAUAGACGAACGAAGAAAUAGUUUUAUUUAUAUUUUAACAACAACUAUUAGUUUAUUUGGCGGAUUGAAAUUAAUUCUUCCAUUUAUUAUAUUAAAUCUUAUUACAUUUAUUCGAAAGAAAAAGCAACAACAUUCAAUAGAUACUAACAAUGGUAUUGCGCCAAGACAAAUGAAAAAUGUACUUAUUGAUAAACCAACACAGAUUCAAUUUAAAGAAUUACAACGAAAUUCCUUUUAUCAUCUUCAAUGUCCAUGUACACAAAUUUCGACUGAAUAUUCGAAAUUUAUUCAAUUUCACCCAACUUACCAUCAAAUAUGUACAAGUGUAUUUGUUUCAUCCUUAUGGAGCAAGUGGUGGGUGAUCUGGCGAAAAAUGGAGCCAUGUGCUUCUUCGGAUUUUUAUAACGAAGCACAUCAUUAUUUUUUCCUUUUAUCAACAUAUUGUCAAUCGGCACAAGAAACAGUAUCCGAUGAAUUAAAACAAUUCUAUCAUGAACAAUAUGUAACGUCUGUAGCUGUUUCAGAAAAUCAACUUAGUAGCGAAAUAACAUCAUUGAUUAGAAAUUUCAAAAUUCAAAUACAAAAAUCCUUCGAAAUAAAGUUAAAUAUCAUUCAAAAUGUUAUUUUUGAUAAUCAAUUAAUGUCUCAAUUAGAAUCAAAUAUUUAUAAUAUUUCAUUUGAUGAUAUUAAUACAAUCAAAUAUUUCCCGAAAGAACGUGAUGAUUGUUUAUGUGCAACUGAUUCAACAUGUCGUGAAACAAUGCGUUUCUGCCGUAAUAACACUAAAAAGGAUAUACCAAAUCUUUUUACUAGUUGCUAUUUAGUAGAUUCAUUGCUAUUAUCAAGAACGACAUGCUUUUAUGAUGAAAAAUGUUUAGAUAUAAUCAAGAAUUAUAUGAAUCCAAAUACGCAACUUUAUGAACAAUUAUAUUCACUAUAUAUUGAUGAAGAAAGUCAAUAUGAAACCAAUGUAACUAUUGAAACAUUAAUUGAUCAUUUAUUUAUUGAAAAAUGGAAUGAUUUUUAUAAGUAUGAUAAAUAUUAUAAUUCUUGUAAACCAUCAUUUUGUUCAUAUAAAAUUGAACAAAAACCGGUUUUUUUAUACAUAUUAACGAAAUUAAUUCGUGUAUAUGGAGGAUUAACGAUUAUUAUGCGACUUUUAAUACCAAAUAUUGUUCGUUUAAUUAGAAGAAAAAGACAACGACAAGAAAGAGGUAUAGAUUUGUAUGGAAUCUUAGAGAAAGCGAUAGUUAUCAAUUUUAAGGAAACUCGUCAAAUAAAAGAAUCUAAUGGCAUGGAUUCUUUGAGCACCUUUAUCUAUUCGAUUAUGAACCGUAUCGGUGAGCAAUAUAUGAGUUCAAAUAAAGCGUAUUACUUGAUGAGAUUUGCUCUUACGACAAUAAGAUUCAAUCGAUUCUAUUAUGCUUUUCAAAUAUGUGAAAAUAAAUUAUUUCAAUUGAAUAUAUUUCGAACUCAAUCAAAUAAUCAACAUUCGAUAAGAAAACAAAUCUUGAGUACACGUGUAUAUUUAAUUAUUUUUACUGUGGUUUUAUUGACAUACAUCAUAUAUGUAUCAUUACAUAAGAAAAUAAUUAGUGUUACACUUCCAUUAACAAGUUUAACUCAAUACCAACAAUUAUAUAUUCAGUAUCCAGAUACUUUAAUUUGUCCAUGUAGUGAAAUAUCGAUAAAAUAUGAAGAAUUUAUUAAAUUUAAACCAAUUUAUCAUGAAGUUUGUUCAUCAGAUUUUAUUAGUCAAAAAUGGAUUGAUUAUUUAUUUGUGAAACAUAAGGUAAAUGAUCGAAAUUUUCAUGCAACAAUAUCAUUUCAAUUUCAAGCUCUUAAAACAUUAUAUCUAUUAAUAGACGAAACAGUAAAAUCAAAGUUAUUAGAAUUUUAUUCAAUAACAUGGAUUAAUAAUCAAUUGAUUUCAAAAGAUAUGUUUGAAAACAGAAUUAAUUUAAUUGUGGAUUUAUUUCAAAAGUCAACACAACAAACAUUCAAACAAAUAUUUGAAAUGACUCGUGAAAUUCUUCACGGAAAUGCUUUUAUGUCAACUUAUCAAACAAAUUGGCAAUAUAAUCUUCUGGAGAUAAAUUCCGAAUUCUUAUUUUAUACAAAACCAAUGACAUAUAAUAACAACUCCUGUACAUGUGCAACUUCAUUAGACUGUUUAGAAGCAGUAAUACUUAAUCAUGUACCUAUUGGCGGUUUAUUUAUUGCCCAUGUGAAAUUUUUUUGA